AUGAAGUCGCCGAUUGUCAUGAACCUGGCGGUAGGAAGCAGAUGGGAUAUCGAGAAGGAGCGGGUGCUCUUCAACAGACACAUCCUGCGUGAUGGCAGCCACCCCUUUGGACGACGCAAGGGGGACGAGGGCCUCCAUGAGAUAAUGGUGGGGGACCUGCUCAUGAAGUGGGCAGAUGGUACCAGGAGCUGGAAAUCAUCAGACCGUCUGGUCCGUGACCUGGGCAGCAAGCAGGCAGCAGAGGUAGCCAUGGCGGUCAUGGAGGCGCUAAGGGACGACUGGAAGGUGCGGGUCUUGAAGCCGCUCACGUCGGAGGAAUUGGCACAAGCCACAGCGGUGGUGAGAACGACGACGAGAGGAAUAAAGUUGUGGCAAUUCCAAAGGGCCUUCGGCAACCUGCUCUAUUGUGUGAAGAUGUGCCUGCACGAGGACGGGAAGUCGUGGUUCGUGCCCGAAGGAGCGAGGGUUAAGACGCUGUCCGUGUCGGAAGUCACGCCGAUGGCGGUGAUGGGGGGCGAGGUGGUCGGGGAGCUGGGCGAACCGCGCAGCAGGCUACUAAAAUCGGAGCUCUGUGUGGGUAAGCUAGCGGCCUCACUGAAGCAGCUGAGAAAAGGAUUGGGGGUGAGGCGCAAGCAGCCGGACAAGCUGCCUCGCCGUGCAGAGUAG